AUGUCUCUCAAUCCCCUCCAAGCCCAGACUCUCUCUCAGUCUCUCUGGCACUUCCAGGCUCCGUCGACGGUGGAUUCGUCAUUCAUGACGAACCGUGGCCAAGGUGCUUCUGGUCAUCUCAUUGACUCGACUACAAGCCCAGUCAAGAUUGCCAACCCGUAUCCUUUCUUCAACCCCCUGACCGAAGCCCUCUCUCCGGAUGGCAGCGUCUCCGUUGUGAUCCUCAACCGACAGAGUCUCUUUGCUUUUCCCGAAUCCCAUAGUCCCGAUAAUCCCCAGACACUCCACCAGAAGUCUGGGACUCUCUGA